AUGCCACUUGAGGCACAAAAUACAUCUGUAUAUCCUCAAGUUCACAAUAUCAGGACCCAAUUUACUAGAUGUGAGAACAAAAAAUUUUGUCAUCACUCCCAAAAAAAGGAUGAAACCAUGAAGGUAUAAAACAAUUUAACUAUCAUCAACUUUGAUGGGUUUUAUUUCAUUUCCCUGAAAGGUACUGCAUACCUUUCCCAGCCUCUCAGCUUCCAUCUUUACUACUGAGAGUCAAAAACCCUCACCAUCCUGACACAGAUCCAGUCUGCCAACUCAGUCAGAGUGGUGUAUUUGGCCUUUAAAGACAAAGUCUACUGAAAUGUGACUGGUCACAAGCCCUCCUAUUUAACCAUAUUGUGA